AUGGUGACCGUCACCCGCAGAUGUGCGCCACGGGUGGUUUUCAGCAAAUACUGCAACUCCAGUGACAUCAUGGAUCUGUUCUGCAUUGCCACCGGCCUGCCUCGGAACACAACCAUCUCUCUGCUGACCGCGGAUGACGCCAUGGUGUCCAUCGACCCCACCAUGCCUGCCAAUUCAGAACGCACCCCGUACAAAGUGAGACCGGUGGCCAUCAAGCAGCUGUCUGAAAAAGAAGAAUUAAUCCAGAGCAUGCUGACCCAGGUCGUAGAGCAGUUCUCAAGAGCGUUUAAGAUCAACGAACUCAAAGCCGAAGUCGCGAAUCACCUGGCCGUGCUCGAGAAGCGCGUCGAACGGUCCCUGAUGCGAGAAAGCGCUAAGAACGCCCCACUCCCAAAGGAGGGUGUGGGCUCUCGUGAGAGGCUAGCACCCUCGUGUGACCGGGUGAGGGCCCUGGACUGGGCCGGAGACGGGGCUGGGAAGGAUGCUCACACCCACCCCGGCUGUGGUCACGGAGUCGCCCUCGGGCUCGGGAUCCACACGGCCCGGCUCAGCCCCGGGGCUGCCCUCGUGUGCCCCAGCCGCCCUCCGCCUUGGGGCCAGUACCUGCUCUCUCCAGAGACCAUCGAAGCGCUCCGGAAGCCCACCUUUGACGUCUGGCUCUGGGAGCCCAACGAGAUGCUGAGCUGCCUGGAGCACAUGUACCACGACCUGGGCCUGGUCCGAGACUUCUCCAUCCACCCCGUCACGCUCAGGAGAUGGCUGCUCUGCGUGCAUGACAACUACAGAAACAACCCUUUCCACAACUUCCGGCAUUGCUUCUGCGUGACCCAGAUGAUGUACAGCAUGAUCUGGCUCUGCCGGCUCCAGGAGAAAUUUUCCCAAAUGGAUAUCUUGAUUCUAAUGACGGCAGCCAUCUGUCACGAUUUGGAUCACCCAGGGUACAACAACACGUACCAGAUCAACGCCCGCACGGAGCUGGCCGUCCGUUACAAUGACAUCUCGCCCCUGGAGAACCACCACUGUGCCGUGGCCUUUCAGAUCCUCGCCCAGCCCGAGUGCAACAUCUUCACCAACGUGCAGCCGGACGGGUUCAAGCAGAUCAGACAGGGGAUGAUCACUCUGAUUCUAGCCACUGACAUGGCAAGACACGCAGAAAUUAUGGAUUCUUUCAAAGAAAAAAUGGAGAAUUUUGACUACAGCAACGAACAGCAUGUGACCCUCCUGAAGAUGAUUCUGAUAAAAUGCUGUGAUAUCUCCAACGAGGUGCGUCCGAUGGCAGUUGCAGAACCUUGGGUGGACCGCUUGUUGGAAGAGUAUUUCAUGCAGAGCGACCGCGAGAAGUCGGAAGGCCUUCCCGUGGCCCCUUUCAUGGACCGGGACAAAGUGACCAAAGCCACGGCCCAAAUUGGGUUCAUCAAGUUUGUCCUGAUCCCCAUGUUUGAAACGGUGACCAAGCUCUUCCCUGUGGUCGAGGAACUCAUGCUGCGGCCCCUUUGGGAAUCCAGAGACCGUUACGAGGAACUGAAACAAAGAGAUGACUCCUUGAAAGAGUUACAGAGGGAGACGGAGAGCUUGACGGCGGGGGGCACUGACACGUCGUCGUCGUCGAGAGAGAAAAGCAGAGAUGUGAGAAACAGAGAAGAGGGUGCUAUUCUGAACUGA